GUCACCGUAGCAAAAAUGUCCACUAGUUCUUCCAUUUUCAUCCUCUUCUUCACCAUUGCCACCCUCUUCACAUCCAAUACCGAAGCAUCAUCCGUCGAUUUCGUCAAGAAAAUAGUCUCUUCUCACUCCAUAGUCAUCUUCUCCAAAUCUUACUGUCCGUAUUGUAAAAGGGCUAAAGGUGUAUUCAAGGAGUUGAAUGCGAAACCGUAUGUACUCGAGCUCGAUGAGAGAGGUGAAUGGUUUUGGAUUCUUUUAUUUGCACUUCUUGUUAUUGCUCUUGUGCUAAAUAAUUUCUUAAUUUGAAUUUGACAAUGCGUU